CACCUAUCAAUUGCUCUAUUUCUUCAACACACUCUCUUCCUUUUCUCAUUCUCUUCGUUUUUCAUAUCUCAAUCCUUCACCAACUCUAAUGGCGGCCCUGGCUGGAUCCUCCUCCGCCGCCACUGCCACCACCUCCUCCACCCGCUUCCGCCGCUUCAUCCGCCCCCCGCCCUCCCAACUCUCUUUCUCUCGCGCGCGCUUUUCCGUCAAAGCCGCCUGCCCCUUCUUUUCCGACAACAACAAUUCCCUUCCCCAAAACGUCGUCGCUUCCAAGCCCUCGGCCCUCGAGUUGCUCAAAGCUUCCGCUGCCGACAGAUAUACGAAGGAAAAGAGUUGCAUUGUCUGCAUAGGGCUUAACAUCCACACUGCUCCCGUUGAGAUGCGUGAGAAGCUUGCGAUCCCAGAGGAUCGGUGGCCUCAGGUUAUUAAGGACCUUUGCGCUUUCAACCACAUUGAAGAAGCCGCUGUUCUCAGCACCUGCAACCGCAUGGAGAUCUAUGUUGUCGCGCUCUCUCAGCACCGUGGUGUUAAGGAAGUUACUGAUUGGAUGUCUAAGGUAAGUGGAGUUUCAAUACCUGACCUUCGUGAGCACCAAGUUUUGCUGUAUAAUGCGGAUGCUACACAUCAUCUCUUUGAAGUGGCAGCUGGGCUUGACUCGCUUGUUCUUGGGGAAGGUCAAAUUCUUGCUCAGGUGAAGCAGGUUGUAAAAACUGGACAGGGAGUGCCUGGUUUUGAUAGAAAAAUAAGUGGUUUGUUCAAGCACGCGAUCUCUGUGGGGAAGCGGGUUAGAACUGAGACAAACAUUUCAUCUGGAUCGGUCUCUGUUAGCUCGGCGGCUGUGGAGCUUGCACUGAUGAAGCUUCCAGAUUCUUCCUUUGCUGAUGCUGGAAUGUUGGUAGUUGGGUCAGGGAAAAUGGGGAAGCUUGUGAUCAAGCAUUUGGCUGCUAAAGGGUGCAAAAGAAUGGUUGUUGUUAAUAGGAGUGAAGAGAAAGUUAAAGCCAUUCAGCGAGAGUUGAAGGAUGUUGAGAUAGUGUUUAGACCGAUUUCAGAAAUGCUGACAUGUGCUGCUGAAGCUGAUGUGAUCUUCACCAGCACGGCAUCUGAAUCGCCAUUGUUCACUGUAGAGAAUGUGCAGAAGCUUCCUCUGGCUACUCAUGGUAGAAGACGGCUGUUUGUUGAUAUAUCUAUUCCAAGGAAUGUGGAAGCAGGUGUUUCAGAUCUGGAGACUGCACAUGUGUACAAUGUGGAUGAUCUGAAGGAAGUUGUUGCAGCUAACAAGGAGGACAGACUUCAGAAAGCUGCUGAAGCCAGGGAAAUUAUCAUGGAGGAGUUGAAUAAAUUUGAAGCAUGGAAAGACUCUCUGGAAACUGCUCCUACCAUUAAGAAGUUCAGAGCCUACGUUGAGAGGAUAAGAGCCUCUGAGAUGGAGAAGUGUUUGUCGAAGAUGGGUAAUGAUGUCUCAAAGGAACAGAAAGAUGCAAUUUAUGCCCUUAGUAUGGGUAUUGUGAAUAAGGUACUUCAAGGUCCCAUGCAGCACCUGAGGUGUGAUAAUAAGAAUCAUAAUAGUCAGAGUGAAGUGCUUGAGAAUAUGCGUGCCAUUAACAGAAUGUAUGAUCUUGAGACAGAAGUAUCAUUGUUGGAAGAAAAGAUCAGAGAUAAGAUGGAACGGGCUAAGAAGUAGACUCUUCAAUUGGUUUAGUUUAAUUUGAUUCCUUUGGGGACUGCAACCCCGCCAUUUUGUACACUAAAGUAGUAGAUUGAGGCCUUUGUAGGCUAAUUCUUUCAAUUAUUUUUAACAUAAUACAGAAGUAAUUAGACAUUGAUGCUCCAACUGAAUACGUAUUGUAUUCUUUCUCAAUGAGCUUGAUAUAGAGGCAGUUGUAAAGUCAUGAUCCUCAUGAGAACAGAUGAUUCUUGUAUUUUUAUAAUAACAUCAAUGUUAAGCGGAGUAUAAAUACGAA